CUCGCUGAGUUGUCAUACAUUUCUAGAUUAGGAACGCGCAUGUUAAAAGGUCCAGCCAUCACUGAGAUAGUUCCCGCGCUUACACCUCACGUCCUCAGACACUCAUCUUUGUACGCGAAUGAUCAAGUUCCAUUUACAAUACAUUCAAAAUCAUGAUAAACCUCUCAAAUCCUCCUAUCCAAGUCGCGUUUGUCUGCGGGGGUCUUCUUGCAGCUGUUUACUUGCUGCGCAGAGCUGCAUUGCCCCGCCCGCAUGCCGAUAUACCGUACAACAAAGAUGCCGCUGCCAAGGUAUUUGGUGAUGUGCCCGAGAUGAUGAGAUAUGUAAUGCGCCACAAGCAGAUUUUCUGUUGGCUCACAUCUCUCACGAAACGUCACCGGAGUCCCAUCGUGCAAGUGUUCAUCAAACCAAUGUCGCUACCCUGGGUGGUUGUAACGGACCCACAUGAAAGUCAAGACAUCCUACUCCGGCGUACUAGAGAGUUCGAUCGCAGUGCGUUUUUCGGUGAACUUGUUGGGGGUAUUUUGCCUGAGCAGCACAUAUCCUUUCUGUCGACUGAUGCGCGCUUCAAGAAUAACCGAGCCCUGAUCAACCACCUGAUGGCGCCCUCCUUUAUUCGUGAUAUUAGCGGUCCAGCUAUGUACAAAUCAGUGUGUACUCUUAUGAAGUUGUGGCGCGCCAAGUGUGCAGCUGCCGACGGUAGGCCGUUCUCGGCGCAUCAAGACAUCACUUUCUGGGCACUAGACAGCAUCUUCGCAUCUUCUUUUGGGCUGCAGGAAUCUGAUAGCAACACCGUGCGACGUCUCCACGCGGUAAAACAGAGUGAGAACGGCAAAAUAUUGACAGGAGUGGAUGGGACCAUCACAUUUCCUGAAGGCGAAGUUCCUGACAUCUUCCACGCGGUAUUGACAUUGUCAAAUUCUGUGACUGAUACACAGCUUUCACCUGCCCCAGCUUUAACAUCAUGGAUACUGCGAAAGUUGCCGUACAUGCGCAGGGCCACGGCUGUCAAAGAUGCUUGGAUACACGCGCGGACGGAGGAAUCUAUUGAGCUGCUCGAGAGAGACCCAGAUACGGAAGUACGGAACGCAUUACAUUCAGUGCUGCUCCGCGAGCGUGAUAUAGCAGCCAAGAAUAACAGACCUGCCGCGUACCGUAAGCGUGCCAUUGCCGAUGAGUUCUUCGGCUUCAUGGUCGCGGGUCAUGAUACUACCGCCACUACUGUGGCGUGGGGUAUGAAGUUUCUGGCCGAUCAUCCACACGCUCAACAACGAUUGCGGAAAGAUCUACGUGCUGCAUUUCCUGCUGCACCCGCUGAGAAACGUGCGCCUGUAUACUCUGAGCUAGUAUCAGCACAACUACCGUACCUGGACGCUGUCGUAGACGAGAUACUGCGGCACGCAAAUACGAUCGCUUUCGUUGUACGGACUGCUCAAGUCGACACCGUGGUUCUUGGCAAAUGCAUUCCUAAAGGCACAGAUGUUUUCCUCAUGGCAAAUGGCGCUGGAUAUAUAGAACCCGCUAUAGCUAUUGAUGAUGAUGUACGAAGCCCCGGUGCGCGUCGGACCGAGACAUCAAAGGGUCUGACUGGCGACUGGGACAACUCGGAUCUUCAUGAAUUCAAGCCUGAGCGAUGGUUAAAUAUUGACCCGGUUACAGGAGUGGAGACAUUUGAACCCAUGGCAGGUCCUAGCCUGGCAUUUGGACUGGGGUCUCGCGCGUGUUUUGGGCGUCGUCUUGCUUUGCAGUCGUUGAGAGUUCACUUUGCUAUGACAGUGUGGCAUUUCAACCUUCUCAAGGUAUCUUCCGAACUCAGCACAUACAACGCGGUUCAGCGUUUUGCGAGAGAGCCUACGCAUUGUUCUAUUCGCUUGCGGCCUGCAGAUCCAUAG